GCGGCGGAGGGACUUUUUAACGCAGCGCUUUCACUCCCACUUUCCUGCGACCUGAGAAUGAAGAAAUUCACAGGCGUGCUAAUAUACCCACAUCCUGCUCUCCAGCUGUAAUGAUCGUUAUUCAUCCACACCCUACAGGAACCAUUCUCCUUAUAUUAAUGGCGUUUAACGAACCAUACUGCCUGGAGGCUUCCUUACAUUGUUGUAAUUGUAAUUGUAAUUGAUUUGUAUGGAUUCGGCAAGUGACAAAGGAUUUGAGAGCUCCAAUGGGAGAGAAGUAGAAGAGAUCAGGGAGCUGAAGUACAGAGGAGUUCGUCGUAGGAGUUGGGGGAAAUGGGUGUCUGAAAUUCGGGAACCCAAGAAGAAGAGAAGAAUAUGGCUUGGAUCAUAUGACAGUCCACAAAUGGCUGCCCGAGCUUACGACGCUGCUGCCCUGUGUUUGAAGGGCCGUUCCGCCAUACUCAAUUUUCCUCACGCUGCAAAUUCGCUGCCCCGCCCUUCUUCCUCCCAUUCUCGCGACAUCCAGGCCGCUGCUUCACGGGCUGCCCGUGCGUUCGACCCGCACAAAAUACUUUUAUUUUCUCCCCAUUCUUCAGAUACCCAAAUUCAAUCUUCGAGUACACCUGGUGAAGAAGAAAUUAGUAGAGGAGAAUGCUCUGAAUCGAGCAUUGUAGAGAGUAAUGGUGAAGCGUCGAGAAUGCAAUCAUUAGGUGAAGUAGAUCCUAUGGAGGAUUUUCUUGUGCAGUCGCCCAAUAUGUGGACCAAUAUGGCGGAGGCUCUAAUCCUCACGCCUCCUCGCCCCAAGGAUGAAUUUGAGGAUACUGAUUUGGUGGACCCUCUUUACUCCCUUUGGAGCGAAUGAGAUGUUUAGUGAUUAUUAUUGUAUCAACUUCGAUUUCGAUUCAGUUCACUAUUAUAUUGUCUACUGAUAGAAUGCGCAGGGCAUAAUGAUCGUUCCCGGCGUAUUGUAAGACACAAUUGGUCAUAAUAUUGUUAGAGUUGUGUAUUUGAAACUUCCUUAAUGGUGCGGGAAGGAAAAUAUGCACUGUGACUUAUGAUUCAAUGAAGCUCUUGUUGGUUUCACUUGUCA